AUGCGAUCGGAUGAGGUGUGGGCGGCGGCGGCGGCGGUGCUACGUGGAGAAGAGGAGGAGGAGGAGGAGGUGGUCCAGCUUCCCCGGCUCAAGAACCUCGGCAACACCUGCUACCUCAACAGCGUCCUCCAGUGCCUCGCCUCCACGCCUCCGCUCGCCAGCUUCUGUCUCGCCUCCCGCCACUCCAAUCUAUGCAAAAAAGUGUUUCCCAACAGGGACAAGGAGUGCGCCUUCUGCGUCCUCGAGCGGCAGAUUGUGCGGCAGCUUCGGGCGGAGGCAGGGGCGCUCGACUCGCCUGGGAAGGUCCUCCGCAGCCUGCCGCUCUUCGCCGAGCACUUCCGGUGGGGGCGCCAGGAGGACGCCCACGAGUUCCUGCGCUACGUCAUAGACGCUUGUCACACUGCCUGCCUCCGCAUACGCAAGCGCCUCCCCGUGGCAACUGCCAAUGGCGACUGUGGCCCGGAGGAGGGCCGAGGUCAGGGGAGCUGUAUGGUGAUGAGGGAGACAUUUGGCGGGGCACUGCUCAGCCAGGUGAAGUGCCUUGUGUGCAAGGGAGAGUCAAACAAGACCGACGAGAUCAUGGACCUCAGCCUCGACCUGCUCGGGACCAGUUCUGUUGGCGAUGCCCUUACAUGCUUCUUCAAGCCUGAGGUAUUGGAGGGUGCAAACAAAUACAGUUGUGAAAGAUGCAAGAAGCUCACCUCAGCUCGGAAGCAAAUGUUCAUACUCAAGGCACCUAAGGUUCUUGUUAUACAACUCAAGAGGUUCGAUGGAAUACAUGGUGGGAAGAUCAAUAGGAACAUAGAGUUCAAGGAAGGUCUUGUUCUUUCCGACUUCAUGUAUGACAAAAACCAGGACCCACAACCGGUAUAUAAUCUUUUUGGCAGCAUCGUCCAUUCAGGUUUCUCCCAAGAUUCUGGUCAUUACUAUGCAUAUGUUAAGGAUGCUACUGGUCGCUGGUACUGUUGUAAUGAUUCUCAGGUCUCCCUCUCAAGAUCUCAGGACGUUUUGACUGAGAAGGUCUAUAUCCUAUUCUAUAUACUGAGUUCCAAAACUCAAACAAAUAGUACAAAUGGUUACUCUUCUAGUGCAGUUAAAUCUUCCAACACCAAUGGGAAUGGCAUAUCAAGUGCCGCAUGUAGUGAGCCCCUGAAGAUACCAUUAGUGAAGCAGAACGGCUCAUGCUCUACUAAAGGUAUUGUGCCACUACCCCUAAAGAAUGGCAAGAUUGCACCAGGUCUACAGUUCAAGCCGAUCCACUUGAAGAAUACAGGAACAGAGAAGGUUGCAUCAAAUGGCAAACCGCACCCCGUUUUGAGAAAGCCAGAAGUUAAUGAAGCCACAGCACUAGUGGAAUCGAACGGAUGCGGACCCGCAAAAUCUGCAGAACCCAGUGAAGGGUAUGCUAAUGGUAGUAUUUCCUGCGAUAAGUUGGACGCUGAUUCACAAAGAAUGUUGCAAGGCACAGAUGGAAAUGGACAUCCAGUUCAUUUUGUUGGCCUCCAAGAGACCAGUGGUGCCAAGGCCACGUGUGCUGAAAACCCCCCUGAACAGCCAUCUAGUGUUGUUACCUCAACAUUGGACAAGAGCAUUUGUAGUUCAGAAAAGGGUCCUAAAAGCUCAGUUUUACACCCUGAAGUAUCUGCUGACUCAGUCAAAGCAGUGGUGGCUUCAGCCAAGGACAGUGCAUGCUUGAAGCAUCAUCUUGAAGAAGGAAAGUUUAAGGAAAUGCUUGCUGAAUCAGCAUCUUCUGAGCUUCGGUCGUCUGGUUGGGCGGAUGAUGUAUGUAAUUUUAUGCGUUCUGCAAAGAGGCAGUGUAUACAGAACACAGGCAUGUCUCAAGAUAGUGAGGCAAUCAGGAAGCAGCUAAUAAGUGAUUCUGGAAGAGUAUUUAGGUCCAAAAUUCCAGAGUUACUGCGGGAAGAUCUGAUUCAAUCCCUGAGAUCAUACUUCGAGGAUAAAUUUUGA